AAGGAAGUAAAGUAUAACGGAAUAUUCGUACCCAAUGCUUACUCCUUCUUCGUUUCUUCUUCAACUGCUCUUAACGGCCGGCCCUGACACCGACUCAACUUAUCUCCUCCGGACGACAGCGGACGACGGCCUUGUCUGUCAACCGUCCGAUUUAACGCCAUCGGAGAUACUCGGAUUAAGUGACCAUGGUCUCCUCACGAUCUGCAUUUAUACUCCUCGUCCUUCUCGCUUCAGCAAUACCACCACCUGUGGAGUCCCUCACCUACUCGCAAUACAAAACCGUCCUCUCCCUCUCGCACUCCCUCUUAACACGGGUCGCCAACCAACGUAAGUCUCGCGGCGACAUGGCGGGAUCGAAGCGGGCGAUGCUUCUCGCUGGGAAGCUGGAGCGAGGACUCGGGUUAGGGUUUUGGGGCAUGGCAUGGUCGGUGGGAUGGGACUAUGUGAGGAAUUACGCGUGGAGGGAUUUGGAUUACGGGCAAAUUUACGGCGUGGUGUCUGAUUUGAAGGAGUUGCGGGGUUUUCUGAGCCAGUUGACUCGGGCUAACUCGGAUAUGGAGAGGGCUGCUUGGGUUGCACAGAAUUACGGGAAUGCACUGGGCGUAUCGAAACGGAUGUUCCGCAGACUUCUCACAGUGUUUCAAAAAUCGGGACCCUUGAGGGAGAUUGUUGAAACAAUACAGAGGGAGGUGAUGGAGGGUGGUCUGUUAAGGGACUGCCUUGAAUUGGGAACCAAUGACUUAAAAGGUUUGCUUCAAAUUCUCAAGGAUUUGUCUGAACAGUUCCGUUCCAAUUCCAAUUACAGAGGAGAUUUAUGAUACAGAAACAGAUGCUGCAGACUGAGUCAAGCAUAUUGCCUUAUAUGGGUUGGAGUUGGAGGAAUGAACCCAUUUUACGUUGACCCUCUCCCAAUAUUGUGAAGAGGUACCUAUACACAAUGAAAGCGCCAUGGUUGUAGUAUGGUGAUGAAAUGAAAUGAAAAUAUGUAUUUUGAACUGGAAGGCAAUGUGCUGUGCUCUGUCUUAAUUUUGUUUGAAUCAUAAUCGGGAGAAUAUGUCACUCUCCCUCCUACCAAAUUUUCAUUGAAUCAUGCUCAAUCAUGUGCCUAAUUAAUUUCUUUCUAUUUC